GUUAAGAAACUUACACCAUCUUUGUCCAGACAUAAGGGACAGCGUGGGGGCUAUUGCCCAGAGGGAGGGCUCCUCGCUGUGCACCUGCUCUGGUCUCUGUGCCCACAGGGACAUGGGUGUGUCCCGGGAGGGUCACUGGUCACUUCCUGGCCUCAGGAUCAUCAAUGCAGAGAAAUCUGAGUUCAAUGAGGAUCAGGCCGCCUGUGGGAAGCUGUGCAUCCGGAGAUGUGAGUUUGGGCCCGAAGAGGACCAGGAGUGGCUGACCUUGUGCUCAGAGGAGUUCCUGACCGGUCAUUACUGGGCACUGUUUGAUGGGCACGGCGGUCCAGCUGCAGCCAUCCUGGCUGCCAACACCCUGCACUCCUGCCUGCGCCGGCAGCUGGAGGCCAUAGGAGAGGGCAUGGUGGCCACUCAGCCCCCCAUGCACCUCAGUGGCCGUUGUGUCUGCCCCAGUGAUCCCCAGUUUGUUGAGGAAAAGGGCAUUAGGACAGAAGACUUGGUGAUCGGGGCUCUGGAGAGCGCCUUCCAGGAAUGUGAUGAGGUGAUCGGGCGGGAGCUGGAGGCCGCAGGCCAAGUGGGUGGCUGCACAGCCCUGGUGGCUGUGUCGCUGAAGGGGAAGCUGUAUGUGGCCAAUGCUGGAGAUAGCAGGGCCAUCUUGGUGCGGAGAGAUGAAGUGCGGCCUCUGAGCUCUGAGUUCACCCCGGAGAGUGAGCGACAACGGAUCCAGCAACUGGCCUUUGUCUACCCUGAGCUUCUGGCUGAUGAGUUCACCCGACUGGAGUUCCCUCGGCGACUGAAGGGGGAUGACUUGGGGCAGAAAGUUUUGUUCAGGGAUCACUACAUGAGCGGCUGGAGCUACAAGUGCGUGGAGAAGUCGGAUCUCAAGUACCCACUGAUCCACGGACAGGGUAGGCAGGCUCGGUUACUGGGAACACUGGCCGUCUCCCGGGGCCUGGGAGACCAUCAGCUCAGAGUCCUGGAUACAAACAUUCAACUCAAGCCCUUCUUGCUCUCUGUCCCACAGGUGACAGUGCUGGAUUUGGACCAGUUGGAGCUGCAGGAGGAGGAUGUGGUUGUCAUGGCAACUGAUGGGCUCUGGGAUGUCCUGUCCAAUGAGCAGGUGGCACGGCUAGUGCAGAGCUUCCUCCCUGGCAAUCGAGAGGACCCACACAGGUUCUCGGAGCUGGCCCAAAUGCUGAUACAUAGCACACAGGGGAAGGAUGGCAGUCCCACCGGGGAAGGGCAGGUGUCCUACGAUGACGUCUCUGUGUUCGUGAUCCCCUUGUACAGCCAGGGCCAAGGGAGCAGUGGCCACUGAGGAUUCAGACACCACAUCCCAAACCACUCAGGCUGGGUGCAAUGUGAGCAUACCUCCACUGUGCUCAACAGCACGCCUGCCUGCCUGCCCCAGACACAGCCCAGGGCUUUUGCCCCCACCCCCACCCAUUUCAAGAGGAGCAUUUAUUUAUACCAGGCAAUCAGAACUGAAGUGUUGAGAACCCAGCUCCCACGGUCCUCUCUUUGGCAGGCAGCUGGAGAACAAAAAGGGGCAAGGAGUCCCAGUUGGCUGAGUGGGGAAUUCCCUCCAAUGACUGCUCCUGCCUCUGGCCUUGCAUCCCAAUUGCUCCUUCCAGUCCCCACCCCAGGCUGAUGCCCCAAUAAUGCCUUUCUUUUGUUGCUCCCCAUCACCUCCCUAUGAUUAAAAGUUUGUGUGCAGAAAA